UUCCUGCAUGUACAAGGAAAAUCAUUUGAAAACAGUGGUGAUGUUUUGGAGGAGUUAGAACAAGAACAAAGGACAUGAAUAGGAAUUAGUCUUAUGAAUCAGCCGCUCCCUAGAGAGACUGUCUGCACUUUAGUCUAAAUUUUUUGGCCAGGUCGGACCAAUCAGAUCAAAGAUUGACAUAAAUUAAAGGAAUGAUAAAAAGCGUAUACCGUAUAUCUUCUAAUUUAUCGGACAGCAAAAAAUAAUUAUUUUGGAAAUUGUCCGGGUAUAAUUGGAACAGAUUUUUAUACAGCAUGCGAAGUGUCCAGAAUAAUUAGAACAAGCAAGCAGCUGCAUGCAAGCUAGCUAAGUUUAAUAGAACAAGGUACGACUGAAUAGUUGCACUAACUAUCUAAAACUAGCUACUCAAAGCUAUCUAACUGCAGCACUCCAAGUCUUACUUGCCGUCUAUGAAUGGUAACUCAACUUUUCAAGGUAUUGUCCAGAUAUUUAGAACAAAUGUAAUAUUAAAGUACUGGAGUGUCCGUUGUAUUAGAACAACAAAAAUUGCCCAAAAGAGUGUUCGGGUAAUUAGAAGUGUCCGAUAAAUUAGAAGAUAUACGGUACUAUAUGCGUUUUAUACAGUAGGACACAUUUAUAGCUAGCGCUGGGCUACUGUUAGCCAGUCAAGGAGCUAUAGUAAGUUGAGUUGACUGCACUAGUGCUGUGCAAUAGGUAGCCCUGAGUGCUACUCCUAGUUGAUAGUUCAAAUGCGUAGUUGGUAGUUCGCAGUUGCUACUUGAUAGUUCAAACGCGUAGUUGGCAGUUGGGAGUUGGCAGUUUGUAUAACCUUUAAACCUUGCAACAAUAAUUAGCCUGCUUUUAUGUAAGUUAAAAUUAUGAUACUGACACCAAUAGAUAUCUAGCUGGCCUAAGACGGCCAUAUUAAUCAUAUAUGUACACAUCUAUAGUAGGGAGGUAAUUUCAAGUCUAAUCCCCAAGCACCUAUAUUCCCGGAUCUCAUGCAGUAGUGAGGGAGGGGGGGGGAAUAUAGAAACAGGUUUUGCAUGGCACUUUUUAUAAAUCUUAGAUUCUAUUGAGGUUAUGGUUAAAAGAUUAGAGGCAGUGCAAAGAUCUAGAGUUCAUUAGGAAGAGUACGCAACUCCACUUAAAACCAUAGUAGGCGUUUCUUCAACCCUCGUCACAACCGGUCUAUAACCACAUGCUGUUGUAUAAACUGUAAAAUCAAAUAUGCAAUGAAUAACAUAGUGAUGUAUGUGAUAAUUAUCACUACCGACGCUGAUAAUAUUCAACCAAAAUGGAAUGCUGUGCUUUUUGUUGAUGACGUCAUUUACAACUGCCGGUAGGAAAGGCAAUGAGUUACUAAUUUUAUUCAUUGCCUUUCCUACUUGUUGCGGUUACAACAGCCAGUAUCUGUGACGUAGGAAGUGAGGAAUGCUUUUUAUGCACAGUCUAUUGGAGUUGCGUACUCUUCCUAAUGAACUCUUGAUAAUAUAUACAACAUUUGCUAACUGGCGUAGAAGAUGUAGUCUUUGCUGGCCUCAGACAGCACUAACGUGUGUCCACUAUACAAUGUACAUUAAGUAGGGCUUGUCCCCAUCAAUGAAGGCUUAGAGAAACAGAUUAAUUCCUGGCAUUAGUUCGUUGCGAAGUUUAAAGGUCACGAACUACUAAUUGCCAACUGCCAAUUGCCAAUUGCCAACUCCCAACUAGGAGUAGCACUCAGGGCCACCGUAGUGCAACCUUUUUCUUGUUUUUAGCAACGUUCUUGGAGCAAGCUAAACAAAAAUUCAUAGCUGCUAAGUCAAGCGUUUGCGGUUGACCUUUUACAUGCGUUGGAAAUAAUCGAAUUCUUUUGGUUUUGACACUGACGUAAUGACAUCCAUUGUGCAAUGACCUCUGGACGGAAGUGCUCAGACGGUACCUCUAGGGAGCGGCUGAUUCAUGAGACUAAAUAGGAACCUGGUUGAACAAGGAGAUAGAAACACGCUUUGGUUCACUGUAUUAAAGUACUCGUGCAAUUAAUUUGGCCUAGGUUUGAGCUUACAAACAGUUCUAGAUUAGCUACAAUUGUGGUGCAAGCUAAAGUCUAUUUGUGUUGAGUUCGACCUUCAUAAAGUUUUCAUACUUCACUGAAAUUGAAUGUUUCAUAUACAGGGUUUUGCAGAAUCUUUGCAAUAUCUACAAAAAAGCGUUGUGCGUUGAGCAUUCCUUAUAUGGUUAUCUGUGAUCAACCAGAAAGUUGUAGAUCUUAGUCAGCAUGUCACUAUUCUCCAUCUUGUAUCCCAAAUAAUGCCUUAAUCUUUUUGAAUUUUGUUUCCCAAUCAGGCAUUUCACCACAAUAUGUAAUGACACCACUGUGUAAACAUUAGAUAUCCAUAUAAGGAACGCUCUACACCCUCUAUUUCAAAGAUUCUGCAAAACCCUCUACUAAUGGAUUCCUUGUUAAAAAGCACUUCUAUCUAUAUGCUGUAGAGUAUCUAAAACUGACUUAUGUAGACACACGUUAUCUAUUGUAUAUAGUAUCAUUGUUGUGUUUUGUGGCUUACCAGGACCUCAAGGAUCUAGGAAGCAACAAAGAAGAAGAUUGAUUCUGCUAGGUGCUGGGUGGGGUUUAAAAUGGACACGUGGUGAUUAGCGCGCAUGCGCAUUAGAUCCAGAAUAAGGUAGUCUCGCGAGCAGACGUGGGAGGGAGGGAACGUCUGGUCACUAUUGCAGCAAUUCCGUGGACCCCUGCCAGAAUGUUGGCAGUGCCAAUCAGAUUUGUCCACGUCAUAGUGGGGCGGUAACACCCCGUAUAUUUUCCGCAUAAAAUGAACGUGAAAAGAAGGAUUAUUGACUCUAGCAAAGGCUAAUUUUAGUGUUGAACCAUACCUGGCUGCGAAGGAACUCGGUUGCAAGGAGCUCAGACCAAGCAAGAGCUAGCUAGCUGCGAAGGAAAAUAUUUGUCUACAUGUGAAUUUGGUUAAUUAACAAAUAUCUUGCACGUGACUACAUUCCUCAGUGCCAUGGAAUUGCUGCAAUAGUGACCAGACGUUCCCUCCCUCCCACGUCUGCUUGCGAGACUAAGGAAUAAGGCCCUUAAAGGCACUUCAUUAUUUAUGGUACCAACCCUGAGUACCGUAUAGCGGGUAAGUUUCGUGGGGUAAAAAAUUCGUUCAACUCGAGAAAUUUACUAAGAUAUCUCGAUCAAGAAUCUUGGGGCAAAUGACGCAUGUACAGACAGUGUAUACCAGGCCGUCUUUCUCAAUUGAGAGCGGCCUGGAAUCAAGGCUAACCUACAACUUACUUAGCAUUCCUAGUAAAGAGGAUUUCAGGUUGGUUGGCAGAAGUUAAAAGUUGAAGUGCAACCCAUGACCACGCAGUGUCCUACUAAUGCAAUUAGUUGUCAUGGCUGACUGCACUUUAACUUUUAACUUCUGUCAACCAACCUGAAAAGUUAUAUCCUCAAAGGCAAGGUUUUUUGCAUGCGCACUAAUAUCUAGAUGGGUAAGACACCAUUUUGUCAGUGUCCAUGUGAUUUAGAAGCCCUCAGGCACUUUGUAGUUCCCUCGGGAUACUAAAGGGCUUCUAAAUCCCAUAGAUACCUCCAAAACAGUGUCUAACUGCGUCACAUAAUAUUUAUUUACUUUGCUACAUGUACAUGUAUACGUUGAAUUCAUUAAAAUGUUUCUCACAACACAUUGUUCAUUUUCGUUUUGUGGUGCAGAUCGCAGCCAUCUUACUGAUGGCAAGUUGUGUGAAAGGGCAAAUCGUGGACCUAGUGUCACCGUCACCAACCAGCUAUUGUGAUGGUGAUGCUACGACAUGCCGGGUUAGUGGGCCUGCAAUCUUUUGGCAGGCCUCACCGUUUUUAGAUGCCGCUGUAGGGUAUCAGACUCAGGACUCACCGCCAGCCACCAACACAUUUGCUGAUGGGCAUAUUUCCAUAUCCCUCAUCAGCAAUAACCCUCUGGCAUCAGAGUUGGUAUUGAGAGGCAUUGACACUGUCAAUAUCACAUGCUCAACACUAGAUGUAGAUGAUGCAAUUGUAUCCCAAUCUAUACAACUGACACGAUCAUCAACACCCACCCCCUGUGGUUAAUGCCACCAUGACAUACACUGGUGGGGCUGUUUUCCACAUUAGUCCAAAAUUGGAAACUGGAUGGUGUCACACUACCUAGGUGGUGUCCUAGGUAGUGUGACAAUUAACCAAAUGACAGUGGUGAGGUUCAACGUAACUGAAAAUCACGUUGAUAUGAACCUCACCUGUCAGGUAAUGACCACCUUACAGCAGAAGUGAGGGUUGUUUCUAGGUGUGGUCAGGUGUCUGCACCGAGAAACACGAACGACAUUUAUAUCAUAUCAACUCGAUCUCUUGGUGCAGACCCAACAAUGACAGACCUUACUAUAUAUACCAGUGAUAACGUUGUCAGCGCUCUUUGUUUUGUCUGUUUUGGUUUUGUCUGUUCUGCUGCUUCUGAUGGUCAUUGUGUGCUGGAAAUAUCAAGGCCACUUUAGGCGGACCACUCAUCAUUCAUCGAAUGCUGAAGAAGUUCCUACUGAGACUAAACAGUGUAAUUACCUAAUUAGAACGUAAAUAGUGGUCUUAGUCUGUAAUUUUUGGAGAAAUCUAUAUAGCAGUCCUAGUACUUUUUACAUACACCGAGUAUGUAUAUUGAAAUUUUUAUUCUGA